AGUAAGGGCGUCGAUGAUUUCUAGAGUAUUGACAUUUCAGUGGAGCACUCGAAUCAAAAGAUUCAUACAAAUAUUAUCAAUGAUAUUAGUAAGUCUUAGAACCUUUCUUUUCUAAUACCAAGAAAUUUUUGUCACCAAAAAUCUCAGAGACAUUUGAUUACGAUCGCAAGAUUGUGCUAAAAAAAUGCACUGAAUUUUGAAAAGAAAGGAAGCGAAUCGGUCUAAAUCUGAAGAGUUCGAUUUACCAAGCACAUGGACUGAGUAAGUAACCAAACAGUACCUAGACGAACUCGAACGGCCACGGGGUACAUCAAUUCGAAAACGAUCGAACCUGGGUAUCAAAGGGUACCUCCAAGUCCAAGCCUUGAAGGACUUCUUCCUUCAUUCCUCGUUGCUAUGAAUGAAUUAAAGUAGUUUUCUUCGAAAUUGUUUGGUCCCCGCUCUUCACUGAUAAUACCCUUUUUCUCUCUUCAACUACUUUUUAUGGUUUAAGCUUCGGAGGAGUCGCCCUUCCCGCGAAGCCUCAGCUCCAGCGAUUUGGUGCAUAAUCCAAAACACCAUGUGUUCGAAUUUAGAAGUACCUUCUUCUAUUGGUUGUGAGAAAGCUAUAUUAACUGAAGAACAGCAUAUGAAGAUUUCUGAGGUGCGGAGGCUUUUAGGGCCGUUGUCUGGUAAAUCGUCGAUUUACUGUUCUGAUCCAUCCAUUUCAAGGUACUUAAGGGCAAGAAACUGGAAUGUGAAGAAGGCAACUAAGAUGCUGAAAGCAAGUUUGAAGUGGAGGUCAGAAUACAAGCCGGAAGAAAUUCAAUGGGAUGAGGUUGCUCAUGAAGCUGAGACAGGGAAACUUUAUUGUGCAAACUAUAAUGAUCGACACGGAAGAACAGUUAUAGUCAUGAGACCGUGUCGCCAGAACUCGAAGACUGUAAAAGGACAGAUUAGGUACUUGGUGUAUUGCAUGGAGAAUGCUAUCCUGAACCUGUCGCCAGACCAGGAGAGUAUGAUUUGGCUGAUUGAUUUCAAGGAUUUUGAUAUGUCAAAUAUUUCAUUGAAAGCAACAAAAGAGACUGCACAUGUUUUACAGGAACAUUAUCCCGAACGCCUCGGAGUUGCAAUUCUGUACAACGCGCCUAAGUUUUUCGAGCCCUUCUGGAUGGUUGCAAAGCCUUUCCUGGAGACCAAAACUGCCAACAAAGUGAAAUUCGUUUACUCCAACGACGUAAACUCGAAGAGGAUAAUAGAGUCUCUGUUCAAUAUGGACCAGCUGGAGUCUGCAUUUGGUGGAAACAAUCAUGUUAGUUUCAACAUAACCAAAUAUGGCGAGAUGAUGAAAGAAGACGAUAAGCGGAUGCGCUGUUUCUGGUCUGGAGUAGAUCCUACCAGUCGUUGCGCCCUAGUCACCGAUUCUAAAACCUCAAACUCGAGAACAGACGACGAUGCUCAUAUAACUAGAGGAGCUGAUGGCAGCUGAGGCAAGGUAUGUUAACAAUCUCUUGUUGUCUGAUUUGUUGUGGGACAUGAUUAUAAAGAACAGAAGUUGUUGUUCAUGACUGUUGGCUAAGAAAUUUGUCCAUUAUUAGCUGUGUGAGUGUGACAAUGACAUGAAGGCCACCUUAUAACAAUCAAAACAUGUUGGUCCUGUUCUGCUAAA